AUGGGAAGCAGAUCAACUGGAUUCAGGAGAACCACCUCUGCCGGGUACCGGUUACCAGCAGCCAGACCUUUGGUGAAACUCGCCUCAUCCUCAUCUCCUUCUCUCAGCACCACCCAGCAUGGGAAAGCUCUGCCUGCCAGUCGGGUCUUAGCACAACAGGCAGCCCGGGCCCGGGAGGAGGAGCAGGCAGCACUGCAGAGGGACCCGGUUCGGCAGGACAAGAUCUGGAGGGAGUUUAUGGAUGCUGAGUGGAGGGGAAGAAAAUAUUGGUACCAGAAUUGGGGUUUCAUGAAGGACUAUGAUCCAAUGGGUAAGAAAAAGGAGCAGGAGCAACUGCCCGAGUAUAUGCCUGUGUUCUCAGACAAAAUUCCCAACACCACCAACCAGACUAUCGGCAGUAGAAUGAACACUGAAAUUGGCAAAACUCUAGUAAAUAUGGAUUACUUCCUCAGCCGUGGAAGACAAAAGAAGAAACUUGAGCAUGAGUUCCAGCCCUCCUAG